CGCUCCCUUCCUGCGUUUAUUGCAGCUUUCGCUCCUUCAGUCACUCAGACUCCACGUCGCAAUCCGCUGAAUCUUAUCUCCAACAACACAAGCAGACAUCAUGGCUCCCCUCGCUAAGUCCCUUGCUGUCGCCGCCACGGCCUUCGCCGCUCUAGGCGCUGCCGCUCCUGGCCAUGCCCACAUGCACAACCACAAGCGCGACGAGGUCACUGUCUGGAACACUGUCACCCAGGUCGUUUGGAAGACCGUUGAUGUCACUACUACCGUCACCAAUGGCCAGAGCGUUCCUACCACGCGCAUUGAGGAGACUGUCAACGAGGCUACUGCCCCUGCUGCCCAGCCCAAGGAGGCCACUUCCACCAGCACCAGCACCUCUACCGUUCAGCUUACUUCCUCUACCACUGAAGCUGCGGCACCGUCCGUCGAGACCAACGUGCAGGUCCCCACUCCCUGCACUGGUCAGGUUACCUUCUAUGAUGUCGCUACCUCCCGAAGUGCCCCCAGCAGCUGUGGUAACGUGAACGACGGUAGCACCGACAAGGUCCUUGCUCUUCCCGUCGGAAUCAUGCAAGACGACGACUGUGGAAAGACCGUUACCAUCAAGUACAAGGGCAAGACUUCCACCGCUAAGGUUGUCGACAAGUGCAUGGGCUGCGAUGACUCCUCAAUUGACCUGUCGCGUGCUGCCUUCCAAGACCUCGCCAGCGAGUCUGAGGGCAGACUCUACGGCGUCGAAUGGUUCAUGCAGUAAACCCGACGUUUUCUUUUUUUUCUGCGUGGUCGUCGUGCCGCCGUUCUUACCUUCGUUAUAUCAUACUUUCUACCCUUUUUAUGUCGUGAAUGACUCCAUGAGACAUUCGCGCCAUGAUUUAUCAUUCUUUGUGUAUAGAGAUUAAUCUGGUUGUUGCAAAGUUACUCAACCAAGCCAUUUGUUAUUUUUUUUCAUGCAACAAAGCAAACGCAGAACGGAGGGACAGGAUCUGGAAUCCCGCUGGUUACGACGCUACGAAUGAAGUGUUUUCGGCA